CUCAAGUCAAACCCCGCGGUGUUUCUGUGUUUGGAUAGUUUUCUGUGCUGCAGCAAUGGCAUGUGUUCCCGGGUUUUCUCUCAAUUGCGAACGCAAAAAUUUCUCCUCGCCUUACAUGAGCGAGCAGAACUAUGUGCGCUUUCGAGCUAUUUGGGCUUUGAUCUUUGUGGUUCACGGGCUGUAUGACCAAUAUACAUCGAUCUUCAUUGAUGAGCCCAGCCAAAGCAUUUGGUACUACUUCUACUUGACGCAUCAAUCCCGAUUGGUGCAGUCCUUGGGUCAGCUUACAGAGUGGAUGUGUGCCCGGUCAUUCUUCAAAGGAGAGAUUCCAUUGGCUUGGAUCUCAAAGACAACCAUGUUUUGCUUUGUAGUGGGGCAACCAAUCUCACUGUUAGUGGCCGUGGGUUACUGGCUCAUGGUUUGGUCUGACCUUGAGGAUGGCAAGCACGAUGUAACCUACUACACGGUCUACAAUCAUGGCAUCAAUGGCUUGCUUUUGUUUAUCAGUUUCAUGAUCAGCCGAAUGCCCUACUCAUGCUCCAAUGGCGGAUGGGUUAUUCUUGCUGGCAUUUUGUACCUUGGUUUCUCCUUGAUGCAGUUCCUGUUUCGCUGGGGUUCUUUCGAACCCUGCGAGGGCUACGAGGACCAGCGGGACUGUCCCAUCUAUGAGCAGUUCGACUGGCACAAACCACUAAGAACUGCACUGUUUGCCUUCAUUGCUGUAGCGAUUGGAUUUGUUGUGAUCUUGCUGUACAGUGGCCUGGCUGCUCUCCGAAACUGCUGCACCUCGGGUCAGACGGCUUCUGGUGAGGUUGCGGAGCUCCAAAAGGAGGAUAUGGAAGACAUCCAUAACGUUACAGAGCCGCUCAACAAGCCAGACAAGGCAGCAGCCACUGCAUGGCCUCUUCGAGUGUCGCGUGAGGUUUGAACCCAGCCCGCAGACGAUGCUGGCUUUUUGUUGCCAAUGCCGAAGUAGGCAUUGGCGUUGCCCUUAUACAAUUUAUACAGAAUGAUCAGAAUGCGCUUUCUGGUGUGCAUUCCAAAUGGAGUGUGCAGGGGAUGAACGCACGGACUGUCAUGGUAGCCGGGACGACCGGACUGUGCUGCCAACGACCAACGAGAUGAGUGGAAGAAAAAUAUGCAAGUUGAGG